GUGGGACGCCGACCCCGUUCUGGUGGAGCUUCUCCGCCCCCGCCGAACCCCCCGCGCCUGCGGGGCCAGGCUCGGGAACCGUCCCCCCGCCGCGUUCGGCCCUCCGCGGGGGGCACGCCUCCCCCGCUCCGCAGCCGGGGGACGGGCUACCUUGGUCCAAGCAAAUCCCCGCGGAGGAGUUCGUGGAAUGGCUGAAGUGGGCCUCUCCCACCCCCGCGGAGGAGGGGCGGGAGGAGGCGGACGAGACCCCCUGGUGGGAGAACCACUGGUUUGCCGGCCGCCGCCGGGAAGUGGUGCUGGAGGUCCGGAGCGUCCCUAGCCCCAACUUCUUCUUCCGCCUCAUCGCGUGGUCCUACGGAUGGCUGGAUGCCGGCCUGACCGUCUUCGUGGGGGAAAGGUGGGUGAGCUUUAAGGUAGGCGUGUACGUGCUGGGCUCCUUCUACCUGGGCGCCAUGGGGAUCUGCUUUCUGGCCCUCCUCCUCGACCACCUGGCCCGCCCCUUUUUCUCGUUCUACCGCCGUCUGAGGCGCUCCCCCACCUUCCGCGAUUUCUGCACCCGGGUGGGGGACAACCGCCGGUUCCUCCUCGAUCUCGACUGGAGGGGGCCUGAUGCCCAACCCGUGGACGACGACUUCUUCAAGGACAUCAUCCGAGGGAGGGGCGACCAGCCCCCGAGGCUGCCCAACCACCUCGCGGCCGAAGUCGGGGGCCAGCGGGCACGCCUGGAUCGAGGGCAGUGCGGUGACCCCAUCCAGAAGGAGAAGCGGGCGGGCCAGGACUUCCCGUACGCCCGGGCGCAUGACUGCACGGACCCUGACCUCCGACGCCGCCUGAAGGGCGCGGACACCAAGGUGGUCCACCUCUGCAGGGCGGGACCCGUGGGCGGCUGUCCCCGCGUGGACGCCUUCGCCAUGCACUUCCGGAAGUAUACCGCGGUCGACGCCAAGGCCAUCCUCGACCUCACCGAGGACAGGGACCUGCAGAGCCCCUUCCUGGCCGGCUUCCGCGCCCUCUGGAGGGCAUUCUGGGGUGGGGUCCAGCGCAUCGCCCAUUCCUUCUUGGCCCGGGGUUGUUGCUGCUGCCGGAGGGGGGCCCGCCUGCGCCGGCCGGGGCCGCGCCAGGUCACCGCGAACCCCCGGGGACCUCAGCAGGAGGAAGACGACUGGGAACCCUGCAUGGCCGAAGCAGUGGGCUGGAUGGACGCGAAGGGAGGGUAUUGUUGCCUCCAGAAGCAUGGCACUUGCGAGGAUCGGAGGGGACCCAAGCCCACCCCUUUGCUCAUCGAGGACGGGCCCACGUCUGACACCCGGGGGUGGCCGCGCAACGGGGGAGGGGCACCGAUGGCCUGCCUGCGCCGCUACCACGGCCUGGAGUACCACAACCUCCGCCUGAGCCUCCAGUGCUCGGAGCCAGGCUGCUGGCACAUUGGGGAACCCGGGUUCGGUGGGAAGCGCCUCUGCCUCAGGCACGCGAACCCCUCUCCGCAGCCUGCUCGAGAGCGGGAGGGAAGGGCGGACACUGGCAAGUCCCCCCCUGACCCAGCACGCCUAAGCGAUGCCGGGCCAGCCGCCGAACCCUCCGCGGUCCCCGCUGCGGGCCCUGCGGAGGGGAAGCCCGCGCUGGGGGCAACCGGGGAGCCUCCCUCCCCCCCGCCCGCGGAGCCGGCCGCCUCCGAGGAGGUGCCCCCUAACCCCGCGGCCGCCCCCGGCGUGCCGGUGGGGCCUGACUGCCACCAGCUGACGCACGGCGUCCCGGGCGCACUCGUGUCUGAAGGCACCCCCGAAGGGGAUGGGGAGGCCCCCGCGACUGUGAAUGGGGGGAAGGCUACGCCACCCCUGACCAUCCCCACCCAGGCGGAGGACACGGUCGGACGGAAGUACUUGAUCCGCCUCUACGAGCCCGCCGACACCGGGGAAGGAGGGAAGAAGGACUGGGCGGGGAUUUGGAUGCCAGGAGUGGAGGUUGAGCUGACGUUCCCGCUGUGGGCGGUGGGACCCUGGAGCCUCUCUUCCGAGGUGCGCCUCAACGCCUCCCGCCCCCCAUUUGACGCCCAGGAAAUCACGGGGGCCACCUAUGCCCAGCUGGGGGAAGCAAGUGAGGGCGGGGGGAAGCCCUGCACGCUGGCCGACCUGCUGCAGUGGGCGAAGUUCCUGACCU